AUGAAGAGCUCCAGAAACGUCUUCUGUCUUCUCUUCUGUCAUGUUGCUCUCAGCCUGGAACGUGUCCGAUGGUGCACUGUCUCUGAGCAGGAAUUUUCCAAGUGUAGUGACAUGAGGAAGGCCUUUGGUGGGGUUGGCAUCCUUCCCCCUCUGGAGUGCACAAAGGGAGGGUCAGCUGCUAACUGUACCCAAAUGAUCAAGGAUGAUUUGGCAGAUGCAGUGGCACUGGAUGGCCGUUUGAUUUACCAGGCUGGAAAAGAGCAUGGUCUGAAACCUGUGGUUGGAGAAGUAUAUGAUCAAGAGUUUGGAGCUUCCUAUUACGCCGUGGCUGUGGUAAGGAAGGACUCCAGCAUCACCAUCAACAGCUUGAAGAAUGUCACUUCAUGUCACACAGGCAUCAACAGAACUGCAGGCUGGGAUGUGCCAGUAGGUUAUCUAAUUGACAGUGGCCAUCUGGCAGCAAUGGGAUGUGACCUCCCAAAAGCUGUAAGUGACUAUUUCAGUGCAAGCUGUGUUCCUGGAGCAAAUGGCAUCAACUAUCCCAAAUCCCUCUGUCAGCUCUGUAAAGGGGAUUUGACUGGGCAGAAGAAGUGUGAACGCAGUUCCCAGGAGCAGUACUAUGACUACAGUGGGGCUUUCAGGUGUUUGGCUGAACGUGCUGGAGAAGUUGCUUUUGUGAAGCACAGCACAGUGCCUGAAAACACAGAUGGAAGAAGUCUUUCUUCGUGGGCCCGGCGGCUUCGCUCCCAGGACUUCGAGCUUCUGUGCCGUGACGGCACCAGAGCUGCUGUGACGGAGUGGAGACGCUGCCACCUGGCCAGGGUCCCAGCUCGUGCUGUGCUGGUGCGGCCUGACACCGACGGGGCUGUUGUCUUCCAGCUCCUGAACCAGGGACAGCAAAGGUUUAAUGGGGUAGGUACCAAGUUUCAGAUGUUUGACUCUGCAGCCUACGGUGCCCAGAAUCUUCUGUUCAGAGACUCCACCACAGAGCUUGUUGCAAUCACUGCCCAGAAUUACCAGGCAUGGCUGGGUGAGGAAUACCUUCGUGUCAUGCAAGCCCUGAGCUGUGACCCCAGCACAUUGCCAGAAAGCCUGAACUGGUGUGUUGUGUCCACUGAGGAGAUUUGGAAAUGUGGGGAAAUGGCCGUUGCCUUUAAGCAAAAGAAUUUGAGCCCAACAAUUCAGUGUAUUUCAGCCAAGACAAAGGAAGAGUGCAUGGAGCUGAUCCAGAAAAAGGAAAUUCAUGCUGUAGUUCUGGGUGGAGCUGAUAUUUACACAGCUGGGAAGACAUAUGGCCUUGUACCAGCUGCUGGAGAAAGUUACUCUGCGGAUGACAGCAGCAAUGCAUACUAUGCUGUGGUGGUGGUGAAACGAAAUCCAUCCAAUGCUUUCACCAUCCAUGACCUGAAAGGGAAGAAGUCCUGCCACACGGGGCUGGGCCGAACCGCUGGAUGGAACAUCCCCAUCGGCAUGCUCAUUAAGAGGGGUGUUAUCAAGACCAGAGACUGUGAUAUUCCGCAAGCUGUGAGUGAGUUUUUCUCUGCCAGUUGCAUACCUGGAGCUCAGGAGGGCAAUUGCUCACCAAAACUCUGUCAGCUAUGUAUUGGAGAUGAUAGUGGAAACCACAAAUGCAGUGCAAGUAUCCAAGAACGUUACUACAGCUACAAUGGAGCCUUCAGGUGCCUGGCAGAGGACUCUGGAGAUGUGGCCUUUGUCAAACACUCGACAGUGUUUGAGAACACAGAUGGUAAAAAUACUGAUAGCUGGGCCCGAGACUUGAAUUCCAGUGAUUUCCAGUUACUGUGUCCAAAUGGUGCACGUGCUGAAGUCACCCAGUUUGCUGAGUGUCACCUGGCUCAGGUGCCUGCUCAGGCCAUUAUGGUUCACCCAGAUACCAACAUUUUUGCUCUGUAUGGACUACUGGACAAAGCCCAGGACUACUUUGGAAAUAGCAGCAAUGGAAAUGGAUUUAAAAUGUUUGAUUCAUCAGCUUUUCAUGGAAAAAACCUGAUCUUUAAGGAUUCUGCUGUUGAGAUUGUGCCAGUAGGAGAGAGAAGGACAUAUGCAGAAUGGCUGGGUAGUGAAUAUAUUGAGUCCCUUGAAGGGAUGCAAACACAGUGCUCUGGUGCAGGUAACAGGAUAAGACAAUACCUACUCAUGACUACUGCUGUUCCCCUUCUCAUUUUGCGUCAGAUACAAGGCUUAGACUAG